AAGGUCAAGCUUCGUCUGAACCAGGCCACGCGCAAAAAGGCCCGUCGCGUCAAGCGCGCCGCCAAAUCUGCCGCGAUCGCCCCCGCUCCGGUCCACAAACUCCGUCCCGUCGUGCACUGCCCGACGCAAAAGUACUCGGCCAAGAUCCGUCUCGGACGAGGAUUCACCGUGGAAGAACUCCGGACCGCCGGUUUGCAGCCCCGCUACGCCCAAACCGUGGGCGUGGCCGUGGACUGGCGUCGCCGCAACAAGUCGGAAGAAUCACUCAAGGCCAACGUGGCGCGAUUGGAAGCCUACAAGGCCAGUUUGGUUAUUUUGAAAAAGGGCGACUCCGCCCCGGCACAAGUCAAGACCGUUCUGCAGCCCCUGCCCGCCCCGGAUAACACCAUUGUCAUGGCCACCGUUACGGAAGAGGAUAAGCAGUUCAAGGCGUACACAACCAUGCGUGUUGCCAAGAAGGAAACCCGGGUGGCUGGAUACCGCAAAUCUGUGGAAGAACGUAAAAAGAAGGAUUAA